AGACUUUUUUUAGCUUUGGCAUUGGUAGCGGCUGUCACCGCUGAUGUGUCGCACAUUUUCUCGCACAGUGAUAACCUGCAGGAUGAUGGAUAUCAUUAUCAUAAGCCAAGUGGUGGUGGAGCAGUAGUAGAUAUCCCGGCAUCGCAAAAACAAGCAGCCUCGGAUUCAUAUCCAUCAUACGCAGCCUCUUCACAACAAAACGCUGCAAACUAUCCAAGUGGUUCAUUUUAUGGCUCUGCGUCAGCCCCUUCUGCCUCUUUUUCGGCAGGCACAUAUGGUGGUUCCUCUUACCAGGCUGCUUCAUCUCCAGUCGCUUCUUACUCAGGGGUUUCAUCAUAUCAAGCUGCCUCAGCUCCUGUUGCUUCUUACAGCCAUGGCUCAUCUCACGUAGCUGCUUCAUCUCCAGCAGGUUCUAACUCAAACCGUGCAUCUGCUUCAUAUUCCGAGGGAUCUUCCUAUCAAGCUGCUUCAGCUCCUGGAGCGUCUUAUACACACAGCUCAACACCCCAAGCUGCCUCAAUUGGUUCAUCUUAUCAUGCAGCUUCGGUCCCAGCUGCAUCUUAUACUCAUGAUUCCACUCAUACAGCUGCUGCCUCAGCUCCUGCUGCAUCUUACUCAGGCUCUGUUUCAGCUGGUUCAUCUUUUGGUAGUGCCGGUUAUUUCGGAGGGUCGUCUUACUAUGGCACACCAGCUGCAUCUGCUCCAGCUCCGGUUCGUAGUGCUUCAGCGUCUGGUCUCCAGGCAGCCGGCGCCAAAGACGAAAGUGGCUACCAUUAUCAGGCUCCAAAGACCCCAUUUGAAAGUAGACCCGUACCAGUAAAAGAAUACUUGCCACCUCCAGCACCUAAACAGCCACCACCGCCUCCGCCACCGGCUCCCAAACGACCACCUCCACCACCGGCUCCCAAACGACCACCUCCACCACCGGCUCCCAAAAGACCACCUCCACCACCGCCACCACCAUCUCCACCCAAGGAAUACCUGCCACCAUCACCAACGAAUAAACCUGCUCCUCCGGCGCGUCCUUCCCCUCCACCACCUCCGCCACCACCACCAUCCCCACCCAAAGAAUACCUCCCCCCAGCACCGACAAAUAAACCAGCGCCACCAGUCCGGCCAACACGUCCACCACCACCACCUCCAAAAGAAUAUCUUCCACCAUCUUCUGGACCAAAAGGCUACUCCUACCCUAACGACCCCCAACCUCCGUUCACGGCCUAA